CGGGCGCUGAACUAUAGCGGCCCCGGCCUGCAGCAGACGCGGCGGGGCGCGGAGCUCGACGCGGCCCUGCCCGGCUGCGGCUCAGUCCUAAUCGGUCUCCGGAGCCCAGCCGGCAUGGGCUGCUUCUGCGCCGUCCCGGAGGAAUUCUACUGCGAAGUUUUGUUCCUGGACGAGUCCAAGCUGACCCUCACCACGCAGCAACAGGGCAUCAAGAAGUCAACGAAAGGGUCGGUUGUCCUGGGCUACGUAUUUCGUCACUUAAACCUAGUGGAGAUAGAUUACUUUGGACUGCGCUACUGUGACCGAAAUCAUCAAACGGUGAGUAAAAGGCAAGCCAAAUGGGACUUCCCAUUACGGCAAGAAAAUGACAUGGUUGACUCAGCUCCUCAGUGGGAAGCUGUGCUACGGCGACAAAAAGAAAAAAGCCAGGCAGAUCCAAGCUACCGGCGAUCCAGGCACAGAUCUCGAUCUGGGCUGUAUAAUUCCCCCAGUGACCGCAAUAAAUCACCAAAGUUUCCUUAUUCUCGGCGACGGAACCCAUCGGGUGGCAGUGAGAACGAGUGUGGGCAGCCAGUCCGGAGGAGGUAUCAGUUUUUCUUGCAAGUCAAGCAAGAUAUCUUACAGGGCCGCUUGCCUUGUCCAGCCAACACUGCUGCACAGCUGGGAGCGUAUGUAAUUCAGUCUGAGCUGGGGGACUAUGACCCAUAUAAACACACGGCAGGUUACGUCUCAGAGUACCGCUUUGUUCCAGACCAGAAGGAGGAGCUGGAAGAUGCCAUAGAACGAAUACACAAAACUCUGAUGGGUCAAGUUCCUGCUGAGGCAGAAGCAAACUACUUAGAGGUGGCCAAAUCCCUGGAAAUGUAUGGAGUGGAUCUCCAUCCUGUUUAUGGUGAAAACAAAUCUGAGUAUUUUUUAGGAUUGACACCCAUAGGAGUUGUAGUCUACAAGAAUAAAAAGCAAGUAGGAAAAUAUUUCUGGCCUAGAAUUACAAAAGUUCACUUCAAGGAAACACAGUUUGAACUUAGAGUCCUGGGAAAAGAUGUAAGUUUUUAUUUAAAAUUGAGAAGCCCAGAUGUACAAGCUAAAGAAGAACUUUGGAAACAUAUUCAGAAGGAACUUGUGGAUCCAUCUGGACUGUCUGAGGAGCAAUUGAAAGAAAUACCGUACACAAAAAUAGAGACUCAAGGAGACCCAAUACGCAUUAGGCAUUCACAUUCACCUCGAAGUUACCGUCAGUAUCGGCGCUCCCAGUGCUCUGAUGGUGAAAGAUCUGUUCUGUCUGAAGUGAAUGCAAAAAAUGAUCUGGUGCCUCCACUGCCUGUUACACGAUCCUCAGAUGUUAAAGGUCCCAGCAUCCAAUUUACUCAACAGAGACGGAAUGGAUCUAAAGACAGCCUUUUAGAAGAAAAGUCUCAGCUAUCUACUAACAUCGAUAUUAAAACCACCACUAAAACGAUAAAAACUGUACAGGUGUCACGCUUCAAGGUAGAGACUUGACUGCUGCACUGAAGGAUGUUCUUUGGAAGAAUAUGUGUGUGUGUGUUUGUGCGUGCAAGGGAAAGAACUGAAGUUGAAGUGGUGGCAGUUUCUACAGGACAUUCAGAAGCACAGCCUGCUUGCUGGGAAGGCCAAGCAGUGCCUUUAUCACCUGGACCAUUCUAGGGGCAUGACUGAGGAGAAGCUGAUUAGUGAGACAACCAGAAAAUCCUCACAAAACAAAAUGAUCAGCAAUUACAUUUACAAAAAA